GGGUUCUCCUCCGAGUUCGGGGAGCGCGGAGCUGCGCUGCCCGAGGCUGAGGCACGGUCACGGUAGUCGCAUUCCGACCUCUGCCUUCCGUGCCACUCUGAGGGCUGCCGGGGAGGUGGCGCAGCCCUCGUUCCGGUGACAAAGCCUUAAGGGAUCGUUGUUUCCUGAGGGUUGCCUUUCAAAGCGUUGAGAAAACCCAGCUAAAAGCAAUCUGCAUUAACAUCUCAGAACGUGAGAACUCAGUGAGCCAUUUUGGCUUCCCACUUUCAGGCGAUCCAGCGAGCACAUGAGUAGUGCAAGACGACUCUUGUCUGCCUCUGUGAUUUCCAUCCAGAACUCCUGCUUCAUCUACCCUGCUUGUCAGAGCUGCUUGUCGAGGCUGAUCCUGGACUCCAGGAGGUUUAACUGUCUUAAAUGUGGCUGCACAGGUGAAGCUGAAGAAGCAAGCUACAGAUACAGAUUGUCCCUAAAGAUUGCUGACACUAAUGAUUUGUUUGACAUUACUGUGUUUGGAAGUUGCUUAGAUCCAUUCUUUGGCGUCACUGCAGGAAAUCUGCAGAGGUGUAUUCAAGACUUUAAUCAGCUGUCAGGAGAAACAAACAAAGCUGCAUCUCCAGGAGUCUUAGUUCAUGCAGUUGAAACCUGUUUCAUUGGAAAAAGAUUUAUAUUUGGAGUGAAGGGUUAUGGAAGUGAAGAUCAAGCAUGUUCUGCUGCCAGCAGCAUCUUGCAAAACUGUUCCAGAAUUAAUAGAGGUACAAAAAACCUUAUAGCUUGCCAGAUCUUCCUGCCAAAUGCUGCUAUUACUGGCUUUACUGUUAUCAGCUACUUCCGUCGGCUCCUGCAGUCUGUGACAUUCGGGAACAAUAAUAACAGCUCAUACCUACCUGAUGUGUCUUCAGCUCCGGUAGAUGAAUCUGUCAGUGAACUCAGCAGCUUGUCUGUUUUGAGCAGAAACUCCUGUUUUGUUCAAUCUAGUGGCAGAGAAAGUUUUUUAGGGUCCUGGCAGCAAUCCUUCAGCCUAACUUCAUCUGUUGCUUGGGUAACAGCAGAAGAUUUUUCCUCUCUGGAAGUGGGAAAGCUGGUGAGUGAACAGCAUGAAGAAGAGGGGAGGUCUGUGUCUGCAGAAUCAUGCAGUGUAAGCCUUAACAAUCAAACUCUUUCGGAUUUGCAGUUUUGCAGCUCUUCAGUGAAGGAAGGGAAUAAAGAAGAGGAUAAUGAAUUAAGUUCACAGCCUAGUCAAGCUGGCAGAAUCUCUGCCACUGAUAAAUCAGAGAGAAUUUCUUCUUCAAAGACAGAGUGUUCACUUCAAAACAGUUCACAGUUGUUAGAAAAUCCCUUGGACUUUGGAUCAAAAAUCAUUUACCCAGAGACUAAUGGUGGAAAUUAUUCUUGCCAAGAAAAGUCCCCAAAGUUGCUUUUUUACGGGGGACAUACCUCAGCUUCGAAUCAUGUAAAUCUAACUGGAGUAUCUCAGACAGACUCAAUGCUUUGGGAUGAGCUCCCAUUCUCAGAAAGCCUAAAUGAAUUUUUAGCCAGAAUAGAAUAUAAGAGUUUUGUGGCAUCACCUAAUCUUGAUGCAGGUAAAUGUGGCCUUCUUGAAAGCAGAAAGUUGAGUAUAAAUCAUAACAAAUCUCAUCCCAGGCAAACCCCAGUAGCUGGUGCCUUACUUGAAGUAUCAGGGAGGUUCUUGCCAUCUGCAGAGAAAGACAGUUGGGAGAGCAUAUCAUUUGCUUGUCUAAAGGCCAGUCCAAAUCCUCUGAGUGAUCAGGUGUUGCAACAUAACUCUUCCAGUAGUGUUUUAUCUUCAGCUGACAAGGAAUUUGGAGCAUCUUGCUUUACACCUCACCCUCAUCUACUUACUCCAUCACAGUCCCUGCAAGUUACAUCCAAGACUUCUGCUCCCAAAAGAAGCAGACAGUCCAAAAAAGCAAAUGCUGAAGUUUCAAAGUCAGCCUGUUCUUUUAUCAGCCCACAUUUUUCUGCUGAACAUGAAGAAACUUGUUUACAAAGGAGCAAGAGAGCUACCUGUGUGCAUUCUGUACAUGACAGCUGUUUAACUGGUAGUGAGAAUAAAGAAAAUUUUUCAUGUACACCAAACCAAAGAAAAGAUCUUACAUUCACAGGGUCAUGGGACUCUCGUCCAGUAACUCCCAGUGAUAUAAGAAAGAUACAUGAAAGAGAAUUAAAACCAUUGACAGAGCUACGUGAAAAUGCCUUUAAAGGUAUAAAUAAGAGGGAGGUGAUAUGGAAUAGUAGCUGCCCUGAAGGGAGUUACAAUGCUUCUGCUGAUCUCUUUGAUGUGAUUGCAGGUGAGGGAGCAAAAACUGCAGAAUCCUUAAAUAAGUCAUGUAACUCUUUGAUACAGGAAGAUCCUCCAACGGAAAAGGUCACAACUCCCAAAUUGGUGCUUUUUCCUGGAGACGUUUCCUGUAACGGUUCAAAACAGACAUCCUCCCUACAUAGAACCCCUCUUGCUUUUCGCAAGCACAGUACACCGCUAACGUGCUCCUUUUAUGAUUCAGACUGCAAUACAUUUAUGGCUCGAGACUUUGUUCCUUAUUCGGAGUCAACUCCUGUGGCAAAACCUCUCCAAAAACCGUGGCCUGCUGGGGAACACAGCCCUUCUGUCACUGUAUUCACCCCUGAAAAUCCCACUAAAAUCCAUUCCAAACGCAAGCGAUCUAGAUCUUCCUUUCAAAACACUCUGCUACAGCAGCUUACUGGCAGGCUAGUGAAACGUGAAAGGCUGAGUAGCGGUGAAGACAUAGAAGGUAGGAGCUCUGUUCCACAGCAGUUCCGUAACAGCCAGUCACCUGCCAACUUUGAGGAGUGGAUCCCUCCAUCUGCAAACAAGAGAUUUAAACCAACUGCAUCUCUAAGCAUAAAACCAGUUAGCUGGGACUCACAAUUGACCUGUGAGCAUGCUGACAGGAACCCUAUUUCUGGAAGCAAAGAGAAUGGUGAAAAAGAUGUGUGCUUCAGGAGUGAGGGAUUCAACUCUGUGAAUACAGCCACGGUUCCGACAACUCCUGUGUCUGCAGGUAUUGCCAAGGCUUUGUUUUUAAAUGACACAGUCCUGGAAAGCUGUUAUUCAGAAGGAAAGAGUCUCUGCUCACGUGCAAAUUAUUCAGGGGUUUCAAUGGAAGGGGCAACAGGCUGGUCUCCUGAGCUGUUCUUCCAAGUACAAAGCCCUAUUUUCCGUAAGCCAAAACAUAAAAAAUGAUAUUUCUAUGUUGUGUUAUUGUGUUUUGGGAGGACUCCGUUGGAUGAAAGAACUAUUUAAAAGCAAUUAUAUUGUUCAUAUGCUUUUUGGCAUAUGUCUUCCUAAGAUUAAUCACAUUGAUUUGCAGAGCUUUGCACCACACAAAUGAGGAAAAGAGAAUUCUGCAGUUACUUUAUUGUGUUGUAAAUUAACUCUGAACAGUGCAAUAAAGACUUACGUAAAUGUGUGA